AUGAAGGAAACAGACGAUGAAGAAGAAAAUAAGUCAAGUAAAUUUGAUCCUGUGAAUAUUAAAUUCCAAUACAUUUUUGAUGUUCUAAACUUACAACUUAAGCAACAGUUAAUUGAAACACAACGACGAAGUUGUGAAAAUAGAAAUAACUUAUUACUCAUAAUAGAAUGGUUAUCGACUAGCAACCCAACCUUAGCAGCUAGAUUAUUAUUACAAAGAAGUGAUAUUAUAGCCAAAAGAGUUAAUGAUAAGUUAUUAGUAGCACUAUGCAAUGUUAACAAAUCUGAAUGGAAGAAAGUCGAAUUCCAAGCAGGCAUCGUUAGUACAUUCGAAAUUGAAAGAAUUAAUGGAGAACUAGAAAUAUUAGCUCAAAGAUACGAAAUUAUCAACUUAAAAACUAAUCUACCAAAACCAGAGUCUCUUUGGACAGAACUAGAUCAACAAGGAGAAGAUUUAAUCGAACAAUUUACAGCACAAUUUGAGAAAACUACUGAGACAAUAGAAGAAUUAGCACAGAUAAUAGCUCAUUGGAAAUUCAUCAUUACUGGUGUAAUUAGCUCUGUAACUUUAAUUAUGAUUAUUGUUGUAGAACUAAAAUUUAA